UUUGUGGAAGUUUGACUAAAAAAAGUUCUUGUAAAUUGUAUAACGGAUCACCGACCGACUAAAAUUCGACUUGAAAGAAAUGCAUGCAACUUUUUGGGUCGAUUUUUGUUGUGUUGUUUCCAUUUCAGGUGAAAGUUGGAUCAAUCAAUUAAUCAAUACAGUCACCUGAGUUUGAUUUGUCUCGUCGCUGGUUUAAAUUUUGAAUUACUUUCGAGGUUUUUAUAGAGCGAAAUAAAUAUUUGGAUUUUGGAAAUUUUGGAAAUUUUAGAAAUGGGAAUAAUGUCUGAUUUUCCACCUAUUUUUUAAGCCAGGUGAAAGUAGAGUAGUCAAUUAAGCCAUACUUUUUCCUCGCUUUGAUUAGAUUGGAUUUGUUUCGUCUAGUGGUUUAGAUUUUCGAAGUAUUUUCUCCGUUUUUGUGACAAGAAUUAGAAAUUUGGAAACUUUUUGAAAUUUUGGAAAAUUUUGGAAAUGUCCGACUUUCAACCCAUUUUACGUUCCAGUAUGGAACGCGGUGAUCGUGAAAAGAGUCAAAGUGAUGAGCGGAGUAUAAGUCAUGGGGUGUCGGGUAGUGGGGGUGGUCAGUGGGGCAGUGCAGCCAACAGGGGAAAAGCUGUGACUGUGGAGGUUGAACCACCCGCAAAUUCGACCCUGUCGCCUCAAGUGCUCGCUGACCUGACCGCACUCGGUUACCAGAUGCGACCCGCCUUCCACGAGCGCUUUUCCGCCGAAGCCGUCCGUGCAAUUUUGAAGGCCUUUUUAGAAGAAUUUUUCGCAACCAGGAAAACAUACGAUUUUGUAGAGGCUGAAGAUUGGGUGGAGCAUGUAUCGAAAGAAUGUGUCGCCAGGGUCAAGAAAGACAUGUCCAAUUCGUCAGGAAGGUACAAAUUUGUGGGUCACGUGGUGUUGGGGGAGCACAUUGGGGGUGGUUUCCACUCUGGGAUGAAGUGCUGCUGGGACGCGGAUUCUGAUAUGUACGCGACCUACACUUAUCUCGGGGACAACCUAUUCUGUGUCGUGACUAUUUGUGGGAUUUACACGUACUAAAAUAAUUAACCAAAAUUAAUUCUGCAAUUUUUGAAAUAAAAAAUAAAAAUGCGUAUACUAUCUA